GAUAAGGAAAAAAGAGUCUCUUUCCUUGUCUAAGGUUACAGUUUUAUGAGGUUUUAGUUUUAUUUACUUUUUUCUAUUUUACUUUACUGCGAUAAUCUCAUAUGAUUUUGUAAACAUUUUGUACAUACAUAUAUAAAAUCUAGAUUAAUCAGAUGGAAGUAAAACAAGAAGUUAGUCAGACAACUUGUAAAACAGAAAUAGAUAAUAAUGAGGUUGUUAAUGUUCCUCUGCAUACCUUUAAAAUUGAGAUCAAGGAAGAACCAGAGGAACCUAAGGAGGAAAGUACAGAUGAUAAUUUUGAUUAUUUGAACUUAAAAGAAUAUGGUAUAAAAACUGAAACGGAACAAGAUGAAGAUAAUGCUACAUUCUUAAAUGAAGAAGGAUUCUUAUGUGAAGAUAUACAAACUGAUGUAAAUAACGAAUUACAAAGAGACCAUGUUACAAAUAAUUUAGUGGACGGAACGCACAGUGGACAAAAACCUUUUGAGUGUGAAGUUUGCAGCAAGAAGUUUUCAACAAGGUCACGUUUAAAACCGCAUAUGAAAAUUCAUUCUGGAGAAAAAGAAGAUACUUGUGACAUUUGUUCCAAAUCUUUUAUAAGAAAAAGGGGAUUAAAAGUACAUAUGAGAGUGCAUACUGGAGAAAAACCAUACAAGUGUGAAAUGUGUUUUAAGCGGUUUACUGGGCAAACCAGUUUGAAAAACCAUCUGAGAGCACACAUCGGGGAAAAACCUUAUAAGUGUGAAAUUUGUUAUAAGCAGUUUGCUACAGCAAAAGGUUUGAAGUACCAUCUGACAACACACGCUAGAGAAAAAUCACACACUAGAGAAAAAUCUCACAAGUGUGAAAUUUGUUUAAAACAAUUUACUACAUCAACUUAUUUAAAAUCACAUUUGCUAACACACAGUGAAGAAAAACCCUACCAGUGUGAAAUUUGUUUUAAGCGAUUUAUUCAAGCGAGCAAUUUGAAAACUCAUUUGAGAUUGCACACUGGGGAGAAAUCUUUCAAGUGUGAUAUUUGUUUUAAGCAGUUUAGUAGAGCACAUGGUUUGAAAUACCAUAUGAAUAUACACACUGAAGAAAAACCGUACAAGUGUGAAAUUUGUGUUAAGUCGUUUAGUGUAGCACAUCAUUUGAAAAAUCAUAUAAGAAUACAUACUGGAGAAAAGCCAUACAAUUGUGAAAUUUGUUAUAAGCAGUUUACUUCAGUACAGAGUUUGAAGUACCAUCUGAGAAGACACGCUAGAGGAUAAUCUUCUUAUAUGUGUGUGUGUGUGUGAAAAAAUGGCUUGGAUGCGAGUCCGUUAGCCACAGAUUUUUAUUUUAUUUUUACCUCAAUUUAUUAGUUUUGUUAUAUUUAUACGUAUUUCACUUAAAUGAUUAUAUUUGUUUCUUUCAAGUAGUUUAUGAGUAAUUUAAAUAUUUCCAUUUUAUGACAACUUAGUAGAUAUUCUAUACUAAUUGGAAAAUGAACUUGUGUUUGUCGUAAAUUGUAAUAUAAUUGAUUUAUGUCUCGUUAAUUUUGCAUUCCAAGAAAAUAUGGUUUAAAUCUCUAAUCGAAACAUUAUCACAAAAACAUACUGAUGAAUUAAUUAUUCCUAAUUUGUGCAGAUGUGCCUCAUAUUUCCCGUGUCGAGUUUUUAAUCUGACGAUAGUAGAAAUAUCUUGCUUUGGCAGGUUAUAUUUAAAUAUGUAUUCAGGUGGCGGAGGAAGUUCUUGAUGUAAAGAAAAAUAUAAAUUUUUUGACAUGCUUGUAAUAUUUUUCCAUAUUUUAUUUAUUCUAACUUUGACGUCAUUUAUUGCAUCUGUCGAUAAGAUGUGAGUUAGUAUCUCACCUUUUUUUAUUGCAUCUUUGGCCAACUCAUCCACUUUCUCAUUACCCAGUAUACCGGCAUGCCCUUUUGCCCAUAUAAAUACUACUUCCACUUCUUAUACUUGUUGUAGAUAUGUAGAACUAAGUUUCAUCUCUUUUUAUUUCAAAACGUGUUGUUUUCCACAUUUUGCCGGUUAUUAGCGCUCUCAUCACUGUAUAAUUAUUUUUUCUUUUGUGAGAAAAAUAUAUACAAACUUUAAAUCCAA